AUGGCGCAGCCAGAGAUGAUGCCUUUGCCAGGCUCUGAAGGCCCGGAUGCGAUGGUUGUGGAGCUUCUCAGCCAGCUUGAGAAUACGGCUCCAGCAGCUCUGGCAGGACCGACUCCUAAACAUGGACCCAACUACCAGGUUGAAGAGGCUCCAAAGCUGCAGCUGCCAGAACCUGCGAAGCCUCUUGCUAUCGAAAUCCAGGUUCCUCCAAUCGACAAUCCUGAAGACUAUGAAUACCUUCCGGGUCACUUCAGGGUUCGGCGAGUCAUGGAGAUCGAUUCGACAGAUCCCAAUCGGCCGGUCUAUACGAUUCGAUUGGCCAGCGGAGAACGUAUAACGGUGCCUCGCGAUGUCUUUCUUGCGCUCGAGAAUAGUGCUCGAGCUUUGGAUGAGUUCGUCCCGGAAUCGGAAUCGGAAGAUGAACUCUUGACCGUGGAGGACCGUUUUCGCUCCUUCGAUUUCGGUUGUGAUGGAACAGGCAGGAGCAAGCGCGGUUCUGUAUCUCGCAGAUCUACUCGACGCCGAGCCAAGUCCUCUACUGCGCGGGGUAGCUACGCACAAUUUUACGGCGUACCUGACACCGACUCAGAAGACGAAGAGGAGACAGAAUCAAGCGAUGAGCUUGCAAGGCCUUAUCCCAAAAGGCGUCGGGGCUUGGUCCGAGCGAGCAGAAGAUCAGCUCUCUCUCGCGACGACGGCGACCACGACGGUGAUUCUGCCGAGAUGUCUAUUCGCGCUUCGACACGGAGUCGCAAGAGUAUCCGAAAAAAUCUGCGAGAACGACUUGAGGACGACCUUUCUGAAGCUGAGAGUGAGAUUGCUAAGCGGCCGAAGUACUCCGGGGCCCGCGAGGUGUUUCCUGGUCUCCCACGAGACGAUGAGUUUCGGCUUCGGCACUUUUCAUGCUGCUCCACAUGUAAUCUUUACGAGGAUGACGAGAUCAAGGGUCCCCUUGUUUACUGUCAGGGCUGCACUUCGUCUUACCACCAACAGUGCCUUGGUCCUCGCAGCAGCAGAGAGCACCUCGUCACCAAGAUUGACGAGGAGUACUUUGUACUACAGUGUCGCCGCUGCAUUGGAAUCUCGCAUCAAAAACACGACGUUUCUCCUCAUCUCGGUCGGUGCGCUGUCUGCAAAGAAGAUGGUGCCAUGGCAGAACCAUUGCGGGAACGUCUCUCAUCAAAGGAAGAGCAGCAGCAACGUCUGGCAAACGGAGGCAAGGACCCAAUCACCCCGGUCGACAUGGCUCGCAUCAACAACGUUGACGAGCUGCUUUUUCGAUGUGCCAGCUGCCAUCGGGCGUUCCAUUUUGAGCACUUGAAAACAGAGGAUAUGCAGGACACUUCAGAGCUGAUCUCCCACUUCACCACUCACUGGCAGUGUCAUGACUGUACUGAUGCCCCCGGAGACAUCGAAACUUUAGUGGCCUGGCGACUUGUGGAAAAGCCCCUUGGCGCCUCAAGGCUACCUUUGGUCGAGCUGAUACCCGAGGUAGAGAAGCAGUAUCUUGUCAAGUGGAAGCAAAAGUCAUACUUCCGUACCACAUGGAUGCCGGGAGAUUGGGUAUGGGGCUUCACCAACGCCGCUAUGCGUCGGGCGUUCUUCAACUCCCCCAAAGCGCGCAACCCUAUCUGGACAACUGAAGAGGCCAUCCCUGAAGAGAACCUGCGGGUUGACAUUGUCUUUGAUGUGAAUUUCCCAGAUGGUACACCUUUGGAGGACUUGGACAAGCCUGAGCUUGUUCAGCGGGCAUAUGUCAAGUACAAGGGUCUCAAUUACGAGGACUCCGUUUGGGAAUCACCCCCAGAGCCCAAGGACACUGCCCGCUGGGAGGAUUUCAAGGCAGCUUUCCAUGACUGGCUGAAUCGUGAAGCAAUCAGUCCACCGGAUCGCCGUCUCUUGAAAGAUCAUCUGGCCAGCACGAGACGCCUGAACUUUGAGCAAGAUUUGGUUUUCGACACUCAACCUGAAAUGAUCCGCGGGGGACAGUUGAUGGAUUACCAGCUGGACGGCGUCAACUGGCUGUACUACAUGUUCCUCAAGCAGCAAAAUGCCAUCUUAGCUGAUGACAUGGGCCUCGGAAAAACCGUCCAGGUCAUCUCACUUUUUGCGACCUUGAUACAAAAGCAUUCUUGCUGGCCAUUUCUAGUCGUUGCUCCAAAUUCCACGGUGCCUAAUUGGCGAAGGGAGAUCAAAACUUGGACGCCUGAGAUUCAGGCUGUCACUUACUUUGGCUCAGCCUUUGCACGUCAAAUGGCGAAAGAUUACGAGAUGUUUCCACAGCGUGACAAAGCUCUGCGUUGCCAUGUGGUCAUAGCCUCGUAUGAAAGCAUGAUUGACGAAGACGCCAAGACGGUUUUGAAAAAGGUGCACUGGGCUGGAUUGGUGGUCGAUGAAGGGCAGCGCCUGAAAAAUGACAAGUCGCAGCUCUAUGAGCGUCUGAGCGGUAUGAAAUUCGACUUCAAGGUCCUUCUCACUGGCACGCCUUUACAGAACAACAUUCGGGAGUUGUUCAAUUUAAUUCAGUUUGUGGACCCGGAGAAGGAUGCUGAGGAUAUGGAGGCGCAGUACGGUGAUCUCACCGCUGAGAACAUCCGUUCCCUGCAUGACAUGAUCCGUCCUUUCUUCCUGCGCCGCACCAAAGCCGAGGUCCUGCCUUUUCUGCCCCCUAUGGUGCAGAUCAUCAUUCCAAUCUCGAUGUCUGUCGUGCAAAAGAAAUUAUACAAGUCGAUACUGGGCAAGAAUCCGCAGCUGAUUCAGGCGAUCUGCAAAAAGCGGGCUGGCCAGUUGAAGAAGGCGGAGAGGCACAACCUGAAUAACAUCAUGGUCCAGCUGCGAAAAUGUCUUUGCCACCCCUUUAUUUACAACAGAGCCAUCGAGGAGCAGACUCAUGAUCCCCAACUGGCAUUUCAACGACUCGUAGAAGCCUCGGGGAAGCUGAAGCUGCUGAGGAUCAUGUUGCCGAAAUUGCAGGAACGCGGUCAUCGUGUGCUAAUUUUCAGUCAAUUUUUGGAGAAUCUCGACAUUGUGGAAGAUUUCCUUACGGGGCUAGAGCUUCGGUACUGUCGACUUGACGGAAAAUUGACUGCGCGCCAGAAGCAACAACAAAUCGAUGCCUUCAAUGAGCCCGGCUCUCCAUUCUUUGCAUUCCUUCUGUCAACUCGAUCCGGUGGUGUCGGCAUCAAUCUGGCCACUGCUGACACUGUCAUCAUUAUGGAUCCGGACUUCAACCCGAAACAAGACAUGCAGGCCCUUUCGCGCGCCCAUCGCAUCGGUCAGAAGAACACGGUCCUAGUCUUUCACUUGACAACUCGCGCUUCAGUUGAGGAGAAAAUCAUGCAAAAGGGCAAGAGAAAGCUGGCACUUGAUCACGUAUUGAUCGAGCGAAUGGAGGCUACUGAGGACGAGGAAGACUUGGAGUCUAUUCUCAAACAUGGAGCUCAAGCUCUGUUCAACGACGAGAUCUCUCCAGACAUUCACUACGACGCCGAAUCGAUUAAUAAACUCCUCGAUCGCAGUCAGGCGGAGCAAAGUCAGGAAGCUGCGUCGGACACUCCGGCUUCUGCAGAAGGUCCGCAAUUCAAUUUCGCGCGCGUUUGGCAAAAUGACCGAGGCACGCUCGAGGAAGUCACUGAGACCGAUGAAGCGGACGUUGAUACCACUGUAUGGGAAGCCAUUCUGCGCGAGCGCGAGCGCGAUGCCGCGGAAGAAGAGUACAAGAACGCAGAAAGACUGGGCCGUGGCAAACGUAAGCGCGCUGCUGUCAAUUAUCAAACAACUCGCCAAGAGGACGAUGAUGCUGCCGUCGAACCUGACACGGCCGCUCUCUCUCCUGUCAAGUCUCGCAGUCCUCGUGAGAGUGACAUGGAGUUCCAAGGUGUCGAGGAGCCCGAGGAAAGCGAUAGCGGCGAAGAUACAAACAUGGCCAUAGGCGAAGACAUUGCCAACGACGAUCUGAAGGCUACUCAGCCCAUGAAAACCGCCGCUUUCCAGCGCAUCAAAUCUCCGUCGCCGGAACCCCAGCCUAAUCUUGGCUUGGAUGGCACUUCCGACUCGCUUCCACGACGAUGCAUCGCUUGUGACCGACACCAUUUGCUGGGCCGCUGUCGUCUGAAAAUGGCUGGCUACGAACAUUGUCCGCUUUGCGGAUUAGCGCAUUUGGGCGGAAGACGUACCUGUCCUCACCUUCAUUCUGAGGACCAAAUCCGCCUGAUGCUGCAAGCUUUACAACAAAGCCCCGAGAGCCGGGAUUUGGUUACCCUUGCAAAGAAGUACGUCAGGGGCAUUCUCGGUAACCUACAAAGCGCUCGGAAAAGAACAUCACAAAUGAAUGCCGCGGGGCAAACUCUGCAACACCCUGGUCAGCAGUCUGGGCAGCAUCCUCAACUACCUUCCCAUCCAGAGCCACAGAUCUUGAACACCAACUCUCGGGCCUCGCACGUUGUUGAUCUCACCGGGGGCGAGCCUUCCCAAGUCUGA